UCGUGCAUUGUUUGCGCGGUAAAUCUAGUGUGCGCUGAGACUUAUGGAAGGUAACAAGUAUGUAAUUUCCAUAAGGGUUGUGUUAUUUUUCACACACGCUGUGUAAUUAAGAUAAUUAAUAGUACUGCAACGGUGUCUAGAUAUGAAACACUAAGAUUUAAGGAGCGUAGACAAAAUGACGUCAAUUUUAAGGAAAUAUGGCUUUAAAAGAAAAUCAAAGCAGAGAUUUAAUGAGAAAGUGUACACUAAGAAGGAUUACGACGAGUCGUACGCGCCGACCAAGAAGGUGCUGGGAUGGGUGGCCAUCCGCAUGACGCAUAGCAUCUCCGAGAAUGCCACCAAAUGGUGGGACAGAUUCUACUGGUUCGAGAUGUUCAACCUGUUCCUGACGGGCCCGUCGGAGAUGGUCAGCAUGGUGAGCACGGCGUAUGAAGCCAAGACCUUCCUCGACUCCAUCAAGGUGUUCCGCAUGAUGCCAUGCUUCGGAUGUGUUGUGCUGUCAAUGUUCAAGUCCAUCAACAUGGUGAUCCACCGACCGGUGUUUGAGAACCUGACGAACGAGCUGCGCGCCAUGUGGCCUCAGGGCGAAGUCUCUGAGGAGGAGCAUGAAAUCAUCAGCGGCGCGUUAAAGCAGCUCAACAUUAUUGUCAAAGGCUACUACUGGUGCAACAACGCUCUGCUGAUCAGCUUCCUAUCGCCGCCGUACUUCCUGACGCUCGCGCGUUACUUCGGCCACGACUCGCCAAUGGGCCUGCACUUCCUGUACUGGCUGCCCUUCGACCCCUACCAGCCUGUCUACUACGAGAUCACGCUUGUUUUACAGACCUGGCAUGCCUGCGUGGUGAUCUACUUCAACGUGGCGUGGGACAUGUUGUUCUGCCUGUUCCUGUGCCACAUCACCACGCAGUUCGACCUGCUGGCGCGGCGGGUGAGGAGACUGUUCUACGUCACCGUCGACCAGCAGCUCGUGCGGUCGUACCCUAUGGCCUUGGUGAGCGAGGAGAUGCUGCGAGUGGAGGGUGAGCGUGUGCGCUCGCAGGGCGACAACUACUGGCAGACGCGACACCACGCAGAGAUCACGCAGAUCGUGCUCAGACAUCAUGCGCUCAUCAGGUUGACAGGCGACGUUGAGCGGAUGUUCAGUCUCGCACUCCUCAUCAACUUUAUGAACAGUUCCAUCAUCAUCUGCUUCUGUGGGUUUUGCUGUGUUUUAAUUGAAGAGUGGAACGAGGUGGCCUACAAGUCAUUCCUAGUGACUGCGCUUACGCAGACCUGGCUGCUGUGCUGGUACGGACAGAAACUCAUCGAUUCUAGCAAGCGGCUGGCAGAUGCCCUGUACGACUGCGGGUGGUACAACGCCUCCAAGAAAGCGAGGAGUGCUGUGCUCAUCAUGCUGCACAGAGCUCAAAAGGGAAUCUAUGUAACAACUCACGGGUUUUCUGUGAUUUCAUUGGCCAGUUAUAGCACGAUUAUAAAGACAGCGUGGUCUUACUUCACAUUGCUUCUGAAUUUCUUCAAAGAUAAAAGUGCUAAUUUGUAGAUGUUUCUCAAACCUAAAUCGGGUUUCAAUAUGUAGAUGUUACGCUUCAUAUUAGGCAUUGAGUAGUAAAUAACAU